AGGAAGAACACAUAAUGAUGAAUUAGUGUUCUACACAACAGAACCAAAUAGAAUAACAUAAUAAUAAUGUUACUGUUAUACCAAAAACACCGCCUUUUUCAUUUCUUAUGAGAUUUUAGGAUGGUUAGCUGAAUAGUCCCCCCCCCCCCCCCCCCCAAAAAAAAAAUGCUCAUGCAGCCAAAACUCAAAUGCACGUCACUUGGAAGACUUUACUUGGAUUGAAACAAAUACAGGAAGGCCAUAUAGUUUAACAGCAUCUGCUCAUGAAAAAGUAAUUGAAAAUAUAAAUGCAUAUUCCCAUGAAUUUUUCCCAUGAAUUUUUGGUGGUGCCAACACUUUGUAUCAUGUGGGCUACACUGUCCCGCAAAAUCAUUCUGUUGUCCCGCAUUUGGGUAUUUCUCUGCUCACUAAUAAUGUCUGUCUGUUUUAUUUCGCUAGCUUGGGCUGACAAUGCCAAUGCAUGCGCCAAGCAGUACGCUGGUACGGGAGCCCUGAAGACUGACUUCACAAGGUAUUGCACGUCAGUGUGCUGCUGACCUCUGAAAAAUAUAAACUCAGCAAAAAAAGAAACGUCCUCACUGUCAACUGCGUUUAUUUUCAGCAAACUUAACAUGUGUAAAUAUUUGUAUGAACAUAACAAGAUUCAACAACAGACAAACUGAACAAGUUCCACAGACAUGUGACUAACAGAAAUUGAAUAAUGUGUCCCUGAACAAAGGGGGGGGUCAAAAGUGACGGUCAGUAUCUGGUGUUGCCACCAGCUGCAUUAAGUACUGCAGUGCAUCUCCUCCUCAUGGACUGCACCAGAUUUGCCAGUUCUUGCUGUGAGAUGUUACCCCACUCUUCCACCAAGGCACCUGCAAGUUCCCUGACAUUUCUGGGGGGAAUGGCCCUAGCCCUCACCCUCCGAUCCAACAGGUCCCAGACGGGCUCAAUGGGAUUGAGAUCCGGGCUCUUCGCUGGCCAUGGCAGAACACUGACAUUCCUGUCUUGCAGGAAAUCAUGCACAGAACAAGCAGUAUGGCUGGUGGCAUUGUCAUGCUGGAGGGAUGAGCCUGCAGGAAGGGUACCACAUGAGGGAGGAGGAUGUCUUCCCUGUAACGCACAGCGUUGAGAUUGCCUGCAAUGACAACCAGCUCAGUCCGAUGAUGCUGUGACACACCGCCCCAGACCAUGACGGACCCUCCACCUCCAAAUCGAUCCCGCUCCAGAGUACAGGCCUCGGUGUAACGCUCAUUCCUUCGACGAUAAAUGUGAAUCCGACCAUCACUCCUGAGACAAAACCGUGACUCGUCAGUGAAGAGCAAUUUUUGCAAUCCUGUACCUGUCCUGCAGGUGUGAUGUUCGGAUGUACCGAUCCUGUGCAGGUGUUGUUACACGUGGUCUGCCACUGCGAGGACGAUCAGCUGUCCGUCCUGUCUCCCUGUAGUCUUAGGCGUCUAACAGUACGGACAUUGCAAUUUAUUGCCCUGGCCACAUCUGCAGUCCUCAUGCCUCCUUGCAGCAUGCCUAAGGCACGUUCACGCAGAUGAGCAGGGACCCUGGGCAUCUUUCUUUUGGUGUUUUUCAGAGUCAGUAGAAAGGCCUCUUUAGUGUCCUAAGUUUUCAUAACUGUGACCUUAAUUGCCUACCGUCUGUAAGCUGUUAGUGUCUUAACGACCGUUCCACAGGUGCAUGUUCAUCAAUUGUUUAUGGCUCAUUGAACAAGCAUGGGAAACAGUGUUUAAACCCUUUACAAUGAAGAUCUGUGAAGUUUAUUUGGAUUUUCACUAAUUAUCUUUGGAAGACAGGGUCCUGAAAAGGGGCCGUUUUUUGUUGCUGAGUUUACAAGCCUACGUGUCUCCAGACACUAUGCAUGUGUGGUUGAAGGUCAACUGUUGGUUGUGCAGCUGCACCUGGUGUGGCUUCAAUUUGAGGGAUACUUUUGUUUCAUGUCUAUGCAGACUGUCUAUGUACUAGCUGCUUGGUGUGUACAAGUACAUGGUCAUGAGAUGUAGUUUGUUGAUAGUUGUUAUUUCCCCAACACCAGAUUGAUGCCAUUCAAUUAGUACUGCUAUGUGGACAUUAUGGCAGACUGUCUCUGCCUGUCUGGUUACUUGUGACUGUAUCGCUCGUCCUUGUUGGGAGAGUUUGAUAUGUGUUGACAGCGAAUGUUAUUGAUGGUUGUUGUUUCCUGUCCUCCAUCAGGACAGGGAAGAGGACCCAGAUGGGUCUGGUGAUGGACGGAGUCAACUCUGCCAUUCGCUACUACAAGAACAACUUCUCUGAUGGCUUCAGACAAGUACGUUUUGGGUUUUCAGUUUAAAGGACUAGAAAGAUGACAUGAAUUAAUUUAGUGAACUACAUAACGUAGUCAGUGAUACAUUAUUAUAUCAGACAUCUACUGUAUAGUUGAGAAGUUUGUUUCUAUAGACCAAUUAUUGUUUUCCUCAAAUCAUAAUUUUACAAAAACUGAACAUAAUUCUUCAUCCAUGUGUUUCAGAGACAUGGCGAUAUUUUGCUGUGUUAGUUGUCAGCCCCUUUUGUUCCUUAAAGGGUAUGUGUGUUGUCUCCAGGAUUCCAUUGAUUUGUUCCUUGGAAACUAUGCUGUUGAUGAAACAGACGGCCCGACUCCACUCCACAUCCAGAAGGACUGGAAAUUCCUCACGGUCAGUUCCAUCCCCAUUACUACUGAGAGCUGGAGAGAGGUAUCAUCGGGGUCAGAUGUGGGCAGAGGCCUUUUUGUGAUGUCCUGGCACCAGUCAGGAUGUUCAGACUGAUCAUCAUGUUUUGUCGUUCACUUUACAUGACAACAUCUCUGGUCCUCGCCUCCAUUUUAAUACUGAGUUCUGCUCCCCCACCCCCCCCCCCCCAAACUAUGAGUAAUGUAUCUUUGUCUUGCAGCUGCCCAUCAUCAUGGUGGUGGCGUUCUCUAUGUGUAUCAUCUGCCUCCUCAUGGCUGGUAAGAAAACCACUGUUGAAAUCUCCCUCUGACAAGUCAAUUUGAGCCUUGUAACCCUAGCCCUAUUAACCUCAGGCAGAACAAGCUAGCAUGCCCCAGUGUUCUAUGUCUAUAUCCUUAUAAUGUGUUGAUCUCUGGUCACAAACAUCAAUGUAUUUGUUAUGGUCUCUGACUAUCUUUGUGUCCUUGAUAUUGUUUGUACUCUCAUGAGUGGGUGUCCCCCUCUUUCCCAGGUGACACGUGGACUGAGACCCUGGCGUAUUUGUUGUUCUGGGGCACUGCUGCUGCCGUCACCGCUUCCGUCAUCGUCUUCAACGGCCGUGACUUUGUGGACGCCCCCAAACUGGUGCAGAAAGAGAAGAUGGACUGAGUGUGUGUUUUUUUUUUUGUGGAAAGCAGCUCGGCCCAGCGGACUCCCUAUACCUCUUCAUCUUCUUCCUCUUCUUCCUCCCGGCUGCUCGAGGCUCGGACUCUAUACUUACCUGCUCUCCACACUGUCCUCCUAGGACUACGUCCCAAAUGGCACCCU